AUGCAGUUUUAUGCUGUAGCAAGGCUGUUAUGCAGUCCUCGGCUGUUGUUAUCCACAAGGCAAACGGGGCCGAUUCCAGGUACUCCUUCAUGUGGUUUGCAGCUUUCGGCGGUGGUGAAUGAUGAUGGAAGUGCGAAGGCUAUGCCAGAUAGACCAAAACGCCCUAUGAAUACUUAUAUAAGAUUUGUCCAAAGCAUUCGCUCAUCACUGAUCAGCGACAAUCCCAAGGCAUCGCCUACGGAGAUAUCCAAACUGGCCGCCGUAAAGUGGCAAGGACUCGAUCAGGCUUCCAAGACGAAACUCGAGGAGGAGUACAAACGAGAGCAAGCCGUUUGGCUGCAGAAGAACGCCAAAUAUCUUAGCCAGCUCACCGACAGCCAGAAGGAAGAGUUAAAACUCGAGCGGCAGCAGAAGCAUGACAAUAAAGUCAAACGCGAUCAAAAACGGAUGAUGAAGGAUCUCGGUCGCCCAAAACGGCCGAUGAACGGGUUUUUGCGUUUUUGCUCGAAAAACAAACCGGUUCAGGGUCUGUCAACCGAAGACAACAAAAUGCAAAUGAAAAAUCUUGGAAUGCAAUGGAAGCGUUUACCCGAAGUCGAAAAGGAGCGCUAUACCAAAGAGGCCGAAGUGGAUAUGAAACGCUAUCAAGAGGAGAUGAAACAGUGGGAAACCAAGAUGCUAGCGUCAGACAAAUUGGAAGCAGUUCGCAGGAAGAACGUGCUGCUGCCGUCUUCCCCGAUGAGCCCUUCUCCUGCUAAAAGAGGACCUACUGUUGAAGCUACUCACAUGGGCAAACCCAAAAAAUCUACUACUCGGCCAUAGGAACUCGGGUGUCUCUUUCCGACUGGGGAAAAUAAUAAUAACCUUAACGCAACAACUCAUUCAACCAUCGAACCAAAGCGAAAUUUAGAAAGGUACCAAGAACAUCCCCAGCAGGAUAGGGACACGAGUGACUCAUCUUUGGCGGACAAGAGAUUGUACCUGCCAACAAAGCCGUCACCGGAACCUCCAGCAAAUUCCACGGCAACUGUACAACCGAAACAGGAACAGAAGGGUAUAGUGAACAAACUGAAAUCAAUCUUUAAAUUCUGACAUUGGCUGCAUAGCAUGGAGGAGAGGGCAUUGUUACUCUCCUUACUGUGCUGGUUUUACGUGUACCCAUGCUAAUCCAUACAAUUUUGCGCAGCGAUAACGCUUCAUUUUUGAAACCAGUUAUUAUAUUUUUUGUGUAUUUUUUCUCAUGUAUUUGUCUAUCUCAUCAUAGUGCAUUUCAUUUCUGUUCUGUUAUUGAAUUGGUAUGGAAAUAAGAAUACCGACUGUAGUCGAAGCCAUAAAGUUGCU